GCGGAGCUGGAGGAGUCCGAGCUACCGACGGACGCACCGAGGGUUCGAGCCAGGGACCCGGACCGGGAACCUGAGCAAAGUCGAGGACGGCUGGGCCAGGUAGGGAGGUGCCGGCUCGCAGGUACCCCCGGCCCGAGAUGCGGUAGAAGCAGCGCGCGCGAGAAGCCCGGUCCCCGGUGCCACCAGCCCGUCGCCCGGCCCAUGGCGAGCCCCGGCCUGGGGCUGCUUCUGGCGCUCGGCCUGCCGCUGCUGCCGGCCCGCUGGGGCCGGGCCUGGGGGCAAACGCUGGACCCCCCUAUAAAUGAGAACGGCACCAUUACACCCUCUGACCCAGGCUCUGGCUCCAAUGGGGCCCUGUCCCAGGCUGCCAUCACUGCCAUCAUUGUGGUCUUCUCCCUCCUGGGCGCCCUGCUUCUGGCCGUGGUGCUGGUGUUGCUGGUGCGAAAACUGCGUGAGAAGAGGCAGACAGAGGGCACCUACCGGCCCAGCAGCGAGGAGCAGUUCAACCAUGCAGCCGAGGCCCGGGCUCCCCAGGACUCCAAGGAGACGGUGCGGGGCUGCCUGCCCAUCUAGGUCUCCUUUUCUAUCCGUCUGCCUUGCUGUGUGACCUUGGGGGAAGGCAGAGCCCUCUCUGGGCAAUCAAACCUAGCCAGUGCUUAAGAAUAGAAGGGAAGAAGGUGCUUUAAAGACUCUGUCCCUGAGGGUGAGGGAGAGUGUGCUGCUCACAUUUUAUAUAUAUACAUACAGUCAGUAGUGAGA